AGAACGCUCGUCUGUCUUGUUGUAGCUCCCGAUACCUGUAUUGCGGCGAGCACAUUCACAACAGAGUGGCGAUGUUGGUUGCAACAGACAUCCACGGAAGGACGGGCUGUGGCCGAAAGAUGGAACGAGAACCAGAGCAGCAGCGCGGAUCCAGGGCUUCCGAAAGAUUCCAAUGAUUGAAUCGGAGUUUUAAUCUCGCGCCUGUGGAACAAUGGCAAUACGAGUUGUUCUGAUUCUUGGAACGAGGAUCGACCCAUUCAGAUGAGACAAAUCUAGAUCGGAUGAUCGGAGGUGAAGGGCAGUAGUCCAAAGAAUCUUACAGUCCUCGUUCCAUGGAGAAAAUCGGACGAGGGCAGAGAGGCAUGGUUGGGUGACUUGUAGCUCUCACACAGAAGCCAUGGGGCUGGGACCACUAACAACCAAACGAUUUAAGCCGACGGCAAGAGGAGAAUUUCGAACCGAAUGAGCAAUAAGUCACGAUCACUUAUGGCAUGAUUCAGUCCCAGAGAUUCACCAUUUUGUUUAAUCUCUCUUUUGGAAGGGAUCAAGGCCCCACGUGGUCCAGCUAAUCCACUCUACUCAUAUUUGGUAUCAACUUGUGCUCGUUCACAUGCAGGUCCUUCAGAUCCCGGUGGUUAAGCUUUGGCAUUUAGGUCAUGGCUCCGGGUGAUGAUGCUGGUGUGAGACAUCGCCGCUGCACAAAUAGAAAAAUAAUCCGUAGCAGGCUGAGAACAUCCGUCUUUUACUAGAGUGGCGCCGCCUUGUGGCUGCUUGUGAGAUGCAAAAGCGUCCCUGGCUAUGGCGUGUCGUACCUUUACAGCUGCUGGAGGAUGCUCUUGAUUUUUUUUCUUCCUGCAAAGCAUCUGUCGUACGAAUCGAAUUCGAUAAUCUGUACUCCUAGUUGCAGUCACUGAAACUGAGGAUCUCUCUCCUCCUUGAGUCUCGGUGCAUGAAACGUCAAACAGACCCGGAGAAAAUACGUCGGCAGUCAGAUCUACUCUGUACAGGGCUCGGACCUGACGCCAGAGUCGAGAUUCGAGAGUCAAAAUCCCUGCAAUGACUUUCUCCGUCGAUUCAGAAGACUCUUGCCUUCUCGAGCUGAUUCGAUGCUCAAGGACGGGACUGGUCUGGCACCCGAUCGUCGAUCGAUUUUGGGAUGCCUCAGGUCUCAACCGUUUCUUCGGCGGUUUGAAGAAGCAGUUAGAUAGUGGUUCGUGGAGGCCGUGGCCCGAGGCUUGUCUUCGAUGGCCGAGUGACAGUGGGAGUCCUGCCCUCCCCUGCCCUGCCCUGCCUGCCUGCCUGCCUGCCUUCUACAGAUCGUCUCGGCCAUGAAGUCUCGGCCUGCGCUAGUUGGUUUCGUUCGAGCAAUCGAACACGCUUUUCUCGACCUUUUUAGGGCAUUUUCACAGAUUCUUAUCCUUGUGGAUCUGCGUACGCAUGUUGAAGGCAAGAGCUGCCCUUGGGGCCAGGGCAGUUCUCAGCUUGAUGUUUAGGCUUUGCUUUCAGAGCUGCGAAUUCGCUGGAGCUCGGAGUCGGACCGAGCAAACCAGUUUUCAUUCGAUAACAAGUCCGGUUCAAAAUCCCCUGAAUUUCAUCGAUGUGAGAGUGACGCCCUGUGGAUUCAUUCGUUCGUAGGGUUCCAUGAACCCUUUCUCGCUGAGAUUGAUGUUCACGGAUGUCUGAUGGUGCCAAUCGAGUGCACUAUGAAUGGUCCAAAGCAAUUCAGACAUAAGAAAGAGUUGAAUCUUACCGCUCUUGGCCUUGGCACUCUGGAAGCUGAAAAAGAUGGAAAGGUGAUUUCAGCUUCAAAAGAGGUGACCUACCAUCGUCGUGUUCUACGACCUUUAAUCGAAAUCCGAUACACUCCCGCCCGCACAAUAUACAUGGCCAUCGCGCUCCAAGAAUCACGACGAUCACACCCUUGUGUAAGUGCGUUCUCGGUGCAGGGAGAUCCAAAAUCACCUGAUUGAAUUUUGAUUGAUUGAUUCUCCAAGAGGAGACUCGAUUGAUAUCAGGAUACUGCGUUCUUUGUUGCCAAAUACGAGUGUGGCGAUGCGUGAGACUCGUGCUAAUUCUUUGCAUCCCUGGCUUGGAAUUCGACAGGAGAUUUCGAUGCCUCUCGUUUGCAGAUUCACGUGAUAAGAGUUGGCAAGAUUUCGUUCGAUGGCAGGAAGGUCCAUUGAGACCUUUUAGCAAAUAUUUUCUCUAAACGCCUAGUCCACUUCUCGUAAACUCCACCUUGAGCUUUCAUGUUGACUAAUUUUAAUGAAUCUCAUGGUCAGCUCUUCCACGGGGGUCGGUUUGACGGAGGUACCGACCACUACGGAGCUCUAUAACCACACGGGGACAGUUAAUGUUGAUCAUUCAUUGCCCGAUGGGACAUUACCUGGGCAAGAUCGCCGUGUCCAUGCAGUCCUCUUGCAAUCAGAACGACGGGGAAUGGACAGAACUUGCUGGCAUGCCUCGAAGAAAAAUUGCAUUUAUCCGAACAUGAAGUCUUUGAGAACCGUGCAUGAAUUCGUUUCAAAUUUUCUCUCAAUAAUCUCGAUUUCCGUGCAGUAGUGCCCCAUCAAGCCAACCUUGCGCACCAAACGAAAUAAACUCAUGAUCUUCCAAUAAAACUCUGCUCAAUUUGAUGAGAUUUUCGCUCAGUUACUAAUCUUUUCUCACCAAAUCAGGUCGCCAUCUGCUCACAUCUGCCCAUUAUGACAGAAGCUUCGAUUAACUCGAAACGAUGUGCUCCGGAGAAACAUCUCAAAUUCCUCUAGGGUGGAAUCUCAGUUCUGCUCGAGCUCGAGGAUGAGUGAUUUCGGGCUCUCCUGCAUUGACUAGCCGACACUUUACUGAGACAGAGUUUCAGAUAUAUUUGAUCAGUGAAAUCCCACAGCUGGAAAAUUACUGAUGUCCAGAUCGAGUUAUUUUCUGGAGGGUGUGGUUAGAUCCUUUCACCGAAGCGGCUGAGGAUGGGGCACAUCCUAAUGAGCACCUGGUUAGCUUAAGAUUCCUGCAAUGUACUUCGUGAGGUCAUAAACCAACGGAGGCGUGUGCUCGAACUCAAUUGUCGAUAAGCAAGCAAGAAGAAAUGGAUAAUGUGACGACGACGCCCUGCUACUGGUGAAAAUUGGGGACCCGAAAAAACCUUCGCAGAUUUUUUGUGAGUUCUAAUGGCUAUCCAUCGGAAGUAAGGCAUCUGCUUGAAAAAGAGGUCCCCUGAAAUUUGAGUCGUAGGCGCGUGGGGACCUCGAGCCCUCCCUCCGUCCCUCCCUCGAGCCUCGAGGUAGCUCCGCAUUGGUGUGCAUUCUAGUCGUAGCUAGACUGUGGUCCUGGUUACCUGGAGGCUGAUCUUCCCCUCCAUUGGUCCACAACAGCUGACUCCCUUUACACCUACGGUACGGGUCUUGUACUCGAGAGUCCAUAGCCAAACCGUGAUUGCAGCAGCUACAUUUUCAACACCUGAGUUUCGGCCCUCUCCAUCUCAUCUCGAGCACGCACUUUACACAUCCCCCUCAGAGUCCCGUACUCUUCCGACCACAGCGAGGAGACGUAGCUUUCUAUGGUGCUCGAUGGCAUGCGUCGUUCCUGUAAUAAGCUCGCAUCUUUUCUCGUCCACAAUCCAAUCAAGCAGCUGCUGCAUCUGGUGGUACGAGCUGUUUCGAAAGUAAUAUUCUAAUCUGAUGCCAGCAGGUGGCAGCACGCCCAGAGACGAGAAAGUGUGGUUUUGGCUAAAUUCUGCGUUUUCGAGUCAAUGUAAGAAGCUGCCCGCGCCAGCUUCUUCGGUACACAGGAUCUGACCAUGCACUCGUCCCCAAUGCUGGUCCAUCAUGUCCAAUUGGCUUCUGGUGAUUGCGAGAGCUCUGCGUCCGACUCGUCCUCUUACAGAGAGACUGAGCGACAUCUCAUCAGAGCGAUGGAGUCGGUAUAUGCAGAAUAUGCUCGGGAGAUGAUUGGAGCAUUGAGGGCCUGAAUUGAGAAUGGGCUGAAUGUGCAUGGACUCGUUUGUAGAGGUUCAGAGAAUGUUGUUAUGAUUUAAUAAUGCGGGAAGAGGACAAUGAACACGUUCUGCAGAAUGAUAGACUCCGGAUCAAAGUCCCCCGUCUUCAGAACAAGAACAUCAUCAGCUGGUGAUAUUUCAGUCCCAGAGUGCAUACUCCCGCUGAAGAUAUUUCUGAAUCUCCGAGAAAUGCAUGGUGAAGACAUGACAUGCCAGCACCGAAAUGAUUGAAAGCACUUUCCUCAUUUCGUCAUGUCACGUCACCUCUCGAUGCACAAGCAUCGACUCAAAUGCUCGUCCCCAUGAAUUCCUCUUCCAUGACGUCAAAUAAAGUCAGAAAAUCUGGCCGAGCGAGCGCUCUCCAUAUCAUUUCAAUCGCUAUGACAGGAGGAUCAGAUUUGGAGGAUCAUUUUCACGCUCAUACAGAACAACGAAUCAACUUUUUGAAGCCGUCUUUUGCCCAACUGCCUCCUCGUGUACAUGGACAUGUACAGCAAUUAGAAACGAACAUUAGCUGACGAAUCCAAUUUCUUCAGCGGUGUCUUCUCUUAUAUGAUUGGAACGACCCGGCAACACCUUGAGUACAAUAAAGGCUUGUAAAACUGAGGCUGGGAAAGACGAAGUCUACCAUAUUUGUGGCCGUCUUUGCCGCCACCUCAAGAGGCAAGCGACAUUCAACAGAUCCACUGAUCGGACGUUCUGAACCUGUUAUGAGUUUUGUGGAGUUCAUUGCGUGGAACUUCGUUGCUCCAUCUCAAUCUGUUGUUUCCAUUGAAAUUGGGAAAGCAUAAUCGUAUCUGACGAUGUCAAGUCUCCACAUACUAGACUCGAAGCUCCGCAGAACCGCGAAGACCAAAUCUAUCGAGCUGACUUAUCGUGCUGAGGUUCGUUUGAGUCGGUUUGAAUCUCUUGAAUAGAUUCGCUUCAUGUGGAGGAGACUCUGAUGACGCAAUAACGCCGCAUGAAGAAGACCAAGUCGUCAUCUCUGAAUUUCGACCUUCGUAUAUUCGACUUCUCAUAUCACGGAGGAGCAGACAAAGAUUCUUUCCAAUAUGCUUACCAUUUCUCCUCAUUCUAAUCAUUCUAAUGUCAGUGUCUUCUAGUCUGUAGGACGCCUAUGCCCAAGCCUCGCAAAUUUUAUGAGCUUCCGGCACUGCUUACAAUAGAGCAGUUUUUGCCUUGUACUUGCAAGCAGUAGUUGCAAAUAGGUUUCUAAGAUUUUAAAGGUUUCUGGAACGAGGUUUCCAUCUCAUGACCCGAUUUAUUCACAUUCUUUUAAAACUCAGUUCCUGAGGUGAUCUAUGCCCACGUUUAAAAUAUAAUUCU